AUGACCGGUGAACCUCACCUUGAGACAUAUGGCUUCCCUCCAGGCUACUUUAUCAUCCGUUCUGUGGGUUGCAAUCGUCUGCUCGACGUGACCCUGGACGAAUUCGAGGAUGGGACCGAGAUAGCUCUGUGGCCAGAGAAAGACAAGAGCAUUGUCGAAACCCGACGCAGCCCGGAAGCAAACAACCAGGUUUUCUUCAUCGAUACGUCGGGCGCUCUAUGCUCUCGUUCUUCUGGGCACGCGAUCGAUGUUGAAGGUGAUGCUCUAGUCCUUCGUCACCGUCGACCCGUUUCCUACCCCUUCCCUAACGCAUACUCGCACCCCUUACCCCGCUUUUCCUAUUCUCAAGAAACAGGCGAGAUAACGGUCCAUUUUACACACGACCCGAGCCAUCCCCCACCAUACUCGCUUUCGACGGAAUGGGCCAACACAUGGGAGCGCAAGACAUACCUCCUAGCGUCCGUUCCGCUCCGCAAGCCACGCACAAUCCUCGACGACGCCCACGCCUUCUUGUCCACCGCCAUUUCGACCGUCAACCCGCUUACCCUCUUUAGUGGCGCCCCGACCUCCCCGCCGAAAUCGGGGAUUACUCACGAGGCAGUCGUCAGCACCGAUAUAGACCUGGGCGAAGACGAAGUGCUUGAGGAGGAACGCGGAGAGGAGGCUGAAGUGGAUGACUCAGCCGAGUGGGGUCGCAAAGUGAAGGUGCUGGGUAUAAUCGACAAGGACAGGGAGGAGCGCGGCAUAGUGGAGGCUGCUCGGAUGCGAAGAAAGUGGCAGAUUACGUCAUUGCGGGCGACAGACGCGCGGACUGGGGAGGGCGCUGCAUCUGAAGGGUACCGAGCAUAA